CGUCAACGUGUCAAUUAUAUUCGAUUAAAAAUUACCUUAUCGUUAUAAUUGGAUUCUGUUGUGUAUAGCGAGGGUCUGAUUCACACACUCCGGCAGAUGUAAUAAAAACUGAAAAUGCUGCCUUAAUAGCGUCAAACGGUCUUCAAAGUCGGUAAACACUGCAUGUUUGCUAGAGACGUUCCUCAGUAAAACCGCGGCUCAAUUGUGAAUUUGACUUUCAAUAAAAAAGUAUCUUCAGGAGUGCGUGCAUUUUUUAAGAGUGCGUUUUAAGAGUGUCUAUAAAAAUACUUAUCAACACCUUCCUUCAGUUGGAGCGCUUUCGCAGGAACUCUUAGUAUCUACAAUGGAAAUGACAUUUAAACACAAUCAAUUGUGUACCGCCAUUGUCCUGUCAAUAAUUGUGCUGUUAAUGAGUGGUGACGCAUAUGGUGGGCGGCAGGACCUGGGUGCGUAUGCAGCGCGACGUAACGUGCCAUCCCAAGCUUUGCUCAAUGAACUACUGGCAAAUGUCAAUGAAGAUACUGUAUUAAACGAAUUGAAUAAUUAUCAUCCUCCUCAACAACAAAAUUACUUAUCAAAAUGGCCUGGAUUACGUGACCUUCUACUGGCGAGCGAUUAUGAAGAGGACAACAGUGAAAAUAAUGAAGUUCUAAAUUCACGUUUUAUAGAUCGUCUACAUCGUUUGGCCACACUCUCUGCACAAGACUCGGCAGAUGCACGUACCGAUUAUUAUACUAAUGAUGCAAAUGAUAAUGAAUCACAACACUCACAAACAGAUCUAACCGAUCCAUUGUUACAAAACAAAUUGAAGGUUCCAGUGACAGAAGCAAAAGCCACAUUUAAGGAUCAUGGCAUCAAAAAGAAUGUCCAAUUUCGAAAGCACUAUAUGUCUCCCUGCCAUUUCAAAAUUUGCAACAUGGGCCGUAAACGAAACGCACGUUACUUCUACUAAGCUCAAAAUUAAUAAUUAAUUAAAUAAUUAAUUUUAUUAAUUAAAUAAUUAAUUUUAU